GCGCACAGGUGUCCAAGGCCCGAGCGCCCGGCGCGCCGCGCUCUCCCGACUCCGAGCCGACAGCGGCCUCCGCCGCCCCCCGCGCCCCCUCGCCGCCGCCGCCGCCGCUCCGGCCCCGCCGCGCGCUCCGCGAGAGCCCGGGGACUCCGCCCCGCCUGUGCGCCCCGCUCCAGUCGCGCAGACCGCCCGGACGAGAAGAUGGACUGGGGCGCGUUGCAGACGAUCUUGGGCGGCGUGAACAAGCACUCCACCAGCAUCGGCAAGAUCUGGCUCACCGUCAUCUUCAUCUUCCGCGUCAUGAUCCUGGUGGUGGCCGCGAAGGAGGUGUGGGGCGACGAGCAGGCCGACUUCGUGUGCAACACGCUGCAGCCCGGGUGCAAGAACGUGUGCUACGACCACUACUUCCCCGUGUCCCACAUCCGGCUCUGGGCGCUGCAGCUCAUCUUCGUGUCCACGCCGGCCCUGCUGGUGGCCAUGCACGUGGCCCACUACAGACACGAGAAGAAACGGAAAUUCAUGAAGGGCGAGAUAAAGAGUGAGUUUAAGGACAUCGAAGAGAUCAAGAGCCAGAAGGUCCGAAUCGAAGGGUCGCUGUGGUGGACGUACACCGGCAGCAUCUUCUUCCGGGUCAUCUUCGAGGCCGCGUUCAUGUACGUCUUCUACGUCAUGUACGACGGCUUCGCCAUGCAGCGCCUGGUGAAAUGCAACGCGUGGCCUUGCCCUAACACGGUGGACUGCUUCGUGUCCAGGCCCACGGAGAAGACGGUCUUCACGGUGUUCAUGAUCGCCGUGUCCGGCAUUUGCAUUCUGCUCAAUGUCACCGAGUUGUGUUACUUGAUGAUUAGGUAUUGUUCCGGAAAGUCCAAAAAGCCAGUGUAACGCAGUGGCCAGCUUUAGAUAGAGGAGAGCGUGAGAGGAUGGGGCGGUCAGUGCUCAGCUGUGGGGCACAGUCACCCGCGCCUCCCGGGCCCGGCGUCUCGUCUUCAAGGCCACCUUUGCCCCCCUGUAGAUCUCACGUGCGACCCCACAUGCCCCCGGAGGCUGCACUCCUGCGAGUGGCCGAGCCUCUGCUUCCCUUCUCCGAAGUCGGUCCGGUGAGGCCCGAGCCAGCCGGGGCGACAGCGCCAGCAGUACUUCCCUAUUUCAGACAAAGGUGCCGGCGUUUGUCUGCCUUUCUUUGAGGAAAGGAGACAAACGCCAGGGCCUGAAGACCGCGCUGAGAAGGUCUGGUUGAUCCCCUUAGGGCUACCUUCGCCAUUUCCCUUGAAUUAAAGGUAAACGUGAGAAUACUGGCUUUUUUAUUUGCUUCGACCUGUUAGUCUUAACAGUGGACGCGGUUACCUAAUGCUUCAAACUCUGUUAUACUUGUUUAAGUGAAAAUUUUAAAUAAGAUAUGUUCUUUUGAUCCACAAGGAACCAUUCAUUGUAUGUUCCUCUGAUUUCGAAGGCUCAGAGUAUGACAUGUAAACGGUGUAGAGUUAGAUGCUCUCGGUGAAUUUAAAUACGGCCUUUCAGGUAUGAGUGGUUUGCAGUGCCACCAAGAGGCUGUCCGUUGUAUGUAUUGUGUGUGCUGCGUGGAAGCAGUUCAGCUUCUCUCAAGUGAACCAAACUAGAAGUCCUUAGUGAUGGCUUUUAAUCGCAAACGGCCUCAUUUCAAGAGCUUAGAUGUGAUUUUGUAUGAGAAAUACAGAUUGGAUGCGCCACCAGCUACUACCAAUGGUGGGUUGCCUC